CUCCAAGUUAUAUUCAAACCACCCUUUUUCAUAAGCGCCAUAACCGACCUAGUCAGGAGGAACACAAAAUACGAUAGAAUCGAACAAAACGAACGACGCACACAAAAUUUGGAAGCUAAGAAAAUGGGUUGGGUUUGGAGCGACGACGAUAACAACAGCUCUUCAGGUUCCGAUGAACGAUGCUCCACCAGGAAAGUCGUGAAAUCUCAGUGCAAAACCGAAGAGGUUGAACCUGGAAAAUUCGUUCGGAAAUGCGAGAAAACUGAAGAGCUUCUCAAAACUUGCGCUGGAAAGCCGGUUGAAGUGCUGCAAUCAAACAAAGAGUACACAGAAGAAGAUAUCACCAGUGAGGUACUUAGAGGAGGGUCUACCACAUUUGGCUCAUCAAAUAGCUCAUCAGACCAUGGAGUGUUCAACUUCCCUGGGCUACGAAGUGAUAUUGAAGUCAUGGAACGCAGCCUCUUCGGUGGUCUCGGUCGCUUCUUUGAAGCAGCUGAAGAAAUGAAAAAUGGCCUUUUUGAUGUUAUUGCAAAGUCUCCCUCUAUAUUUGAUGCAGAGAUGCCAUCUUCAUCCCGUAUGAGGCAAGGGAUACCUAUUGAAGAUAAUGGCCGGCAAGAAACUCGUCCUAAAUCCAAGGAUAUGGAAUCAGCUGAUACUGAUUUCUCUGCAUUGGCUAAAGAUGUUUAAACUAAAUUGUUCUGCAAACAUACUAUAUUUUUACUAGUUGUGUUAGAUCACAAACAUCUGGACUACAUGUAUGCCCUUUAAUAAGGUGUGUCUCAGUAUCUUUAUGCCAGUUGUUUAGGUUUGUUUUCUUUCAAAAAUUAAAAACUCUAGCUGAUAUGGCAUGUAUCGAGGGUUUUAUCUUUUACCUACACUUGGUUACAGGUUAUGUAAUGUGAAAUUUUCAGGCAAACUUUAUUUUUUAGCUAGUUUCUCAUUCGAUGGAUAGAUAUUUGGCAUUUGUUUUCA